AAGAGUCCCCUUCCAUUAAUUCCAUUUCCCACCUCAACUGUUGUCUUCAUUUGAGGGAGAGAUUCAGACACGAACAACCACACUCCUGCCUCAAAUCAAUCGGUUGCCUGAUUCUUUUUUGUCAGAUUCAGAUCUUGCCAAUGGGCUAGGAUCGAUUUCGUCCGCUCCCAUCUUUGCAAAAGAAAAAAAAAACUUUUCCGCGCAAGCAAUUCAAACCCAAACCCAAACCCAAAAAGGUGGGGCCUUUCUUCCGAUUGAAGUCACCCGCUCAAAAUCCAUCCCUCCGUCUCCUCUGCAAGCUGGGAUUGCUGUGUUUUCCCCGUUUGUUGGAUUUGGUUUUGCAUCCCUGCUGCAAGGCCAGGCGUUUCUUGGCUCUCGAGGGCAGGAUUUGAUCCUUUGCAGCGGCAGCAGAAGCAGGUGGUGCUCCUGGUUUCUUGGUGCCGCAUUUCUCGUCGUCAAGCCGUGCCGGUGAAGAGAACCUCCAUCUUUGCGUGUGCAUCAUCGCUGCCGCAGAUCGGCGGAAUCCAUCUCUGAGCCGUACAUCGGCAUCAGCUUCAUCGGCGACCGGCGACGCGAGUUUCCCCUCCGGCCCCCUCUCCUGCUUCUUUUCCCCUAUCCAAAGGCCACCAAAAGUUUGGCAAGAAAAAGAAAAUGUCGUUUUUUACGAGGAUUGGCGUUUGGCCAUGGAUUCAGAACAGGAUCGUUGAUCCCGUGAUGCAAGUAAUCAGAAGGGGAGCAGAGCCAAAGCAGCUGGCUUUCUCUGCUGCUCUUGGUGUGACCCUUGGGAUCUUUCCGAUAUGUGGAACCACUGUUAUUCUUUGUGGAGUUGCAAUAGCAAUGUUGGGAAGCCGUUGCAAUGCUGUAACUGUCAUGGUUCUAAAUUUCGCUGUUACUCCUGUUGAGCUGAGCUUGAUUGUCCCUUUCUUGCGUUUCGGAGAAGUAAUCACAGGCAGUGGGCACUUCCCUUUGACGGCAGAUGCAUUCAAGAAGGUUAUCACUGGACAGGCCUCAAAGGAUGUGAUGCUCAGCAUUGUCCAUGCGAUGCUUGGGUGGCUGAUCUCUGCACCGAUCGUGCUGGCUGCACUGUACAUGGUUUUCAUCCCUUUCUUCAAGUUUCUGGUCGACAAGUUUGGUGGCGUUCCGUCGAGCCCAAGGACACCGAUCAAGUUAGUGUAGCCAUUUUGUGGUUCUUUCACUGCUGCAAGUAAUCUGACUAAUACAAGGUUUUCUGAAGCUGUAUAUAUCAAUAGUAUGUGAUGUCCUCAGAUUGAAAUUGGUCCCUGCAACAUUUUGCUGGGCCGUCCUGGACGCAUGUGAAUAAAAUCGAUCUUCAGAGGCAUAUGAAA